AUGUCCGUCUACGCCUUCUACAUCUUCGAUCGCCAUACGGAGUGCAUUUACACUAAACGAUGGACACCGCAACCGCCGCUACAGGCCCAGAAGGCCUCAUCAGCCCCUAACGGUCACCUCUCCACUGCCACGCGGCGGGCCAUGAAAGCUGAAGACGAUGCGAAACUCAUCUUCGGCACAAUCUUCUCACUCCGCCGCAUGUGCCGACAGCUUGGCGGUGAAGAUGAUCAGUUCCUUUCCUACCGCACAGGAGAGUACAAGAUGCACUACUUCGAAACUCCGACUCAGCUCAAGCUCGUCAUGCUGACCGACACUCGCGUUGGGAACAUGCGCACUGUGCUGCAUCAAAUCUGGGCGACGCUGUACGUCGAGUUUGUUGUCAAGAGUCCAUUGGCCGGAGUUGAGCAUCCAAAGGGUGCGGGCGUGGCGAAUGAGCUGUUCGAGGGUGGUCUGGAGACAUUCAUCGCCUCGAUCUUCCAUCCGCAACAAUGA